UCCACAUCAGCUAUGUAGAAGUGUCUACAGGAAGUUCAGAAACACUGUGGUUAAGUGCAGAUGCAAAGUGCCAGUCACAGAAAUGAGAAAAAUCCAUUUUUGAAUGGUGCCAAUCUUCUGAAAGUUCUGAACCAUAAAGGAGGAGAAAGGAACUGGGACAUUUCUGUUACUGGGAAGUGAAAGCAAGAUUACCACUUCUUCUGAGUACAGGGCGAGUUGUGGAAUUAUUUUGUUUUUUGUUUAACUAAAGUAAUGAUUUCACUGCCAGUGCCUGUAAAGUAACAAGAGAGACACAAUUAUUGAUUUUCCCCGAGCGUGAAACAGAAAGAAGUCCUAAUACAAAGGUGCUCAAACAAUCAGGGCUCUGGUAAUGCACUCUUGCUCCCAAAGGACCCAAGGAGGAGCACCGCCCCCCGCCCCUACUGCUCAUCAACAGUGUCCCGCCCAGCCGUGUACUGCACAGCUUCAUUCAGCCGCUCCUCACAGCCCGAAAACACCCGUGAAUAUUGGGUUUUAAUGGCAUUGGCUUGUGGCAAUAACCAUCAGCUCAUCUUUGCUUCCAUUGGCAAGAAAAUGUUUUAACGGAGAAGUCAGAUGUGAAACAAUGAAUAAAUAAAUAAUAAGCACAGCGGGAUACAACGGCACGAGAUACUGCAGCAUCCAGUAAAUACUUUGCAACCAAGAGCACUUCUACUUGCCACUGCUGUAAGGAGGAGAUAUGAACACCUCAGAGGAAACGCCCUUCUCCUUGGAGAUGGAUGACAGGACUGAAGAGGAGAAGGCACGGGGGCAAAGUGACAAGAUGGACCAGCUGGAACCUGCCCCCAUGGACUCCAACUAUCAGGAGGCCUCGGGAGACAUGAAGAAACAAAUCAAAUUCAAUACGAACUUUGGAAAGCCUCCGAAAGAUCGGAGGGAAACCAAUAGAUUUGACAUUAAGCACUUGUUUGAGGCAGCUGCAAGUGGAGAUGUUGCCCAGCUUCAAGGGUUACAAGAUUACCUGCAACGGAUCCCUAAAUACCUCACCAAUUCAGAAUAUCACGAAAAGAAUGGAAAAAAUGUCUUACUGAAGGCUCUUCUUAACAUGAGGAAUGGGCGAAAUGAUACCAUAGAAUACCUUCUUGACAUUUCAGAGAAAAUGGGAGAUUUAAAUAAGUUUGUCAAUGCUGCCUAUAUAGACAGCUUUUAUAAAGGCCAGACAGCCCUUCAUAUUGCAAUUGAAAGAAGGAGCUUUGAAUAUGUGAAGCUGCUUGUCCAGAAAGGAGCUGAUGUCCAUGCCAAAGCUUGUGGGAAAUUCUUCCGGAAAAAUAAAGGAGCAUGCUUUUAUUUUGGUGAGUUGCCAUUAUCGCUGGCAGCCUGUACCAAUCAGCUGAACAUUGUGGAAUUCCUCAUGGACAACCCCCAUCAGAAAGUGCGUGUGGAGGAGCAAGACUCCAUGGGCAACAUGGUGUUGCAUGCAUUGGUCACGAUUUCGGACAACACCCCCGAGAACACCGACUUUGUCACCAUGAUGUAUGACAAGGUCCUCACCAGGGCGGCUAAGCUCCACCCAAAAAUCAAACUGGAGGACUUUGAAAACAAACAAGGUCUAACUCCCCUAAAGCUGGCAGCCAAGACUGGCAAGAUUGGGCUGUUUAAGCACAUGAUGCAGCGCGAGUUCCAGGAUGCAGAGUGUAAACACUUGUCCCGCAAGUUCACCGAGUGGGUCUACGGGCCCGUGCACAGCUCCCUCUAUGACCUGGCAUCCAUCGACUCCUAUGAAAAUAAUUCAGUGCUGGAGAUCAUUGUGUAUGGCAGUGGAAUUCCAAAUCGCCAUGAGAUGCUUGAUGUUGGACCUCUUACCAGAUUGCUUGAGGAAAAGUGGAACAAGUUUGGCAGAUGGAUAUUCAACUUCAAUUUCUUAGUUUAUCUGGUGUACCUGAUUAUCUUCAGCUUGGUUGUUUACAACAGGCGUGAUAAUAAGCCCCACUAUAGCAUUGAACAUUCCACCUCUGGCUACCUGCAGCUCACCGGCCAGAUCAUCAGUGCAGUAGGAGCCCUGUUUUUCUUCAUCAAAGGAAUCUUGGACUUCAAGCGAAAGCCUCCGACGCAGAAAGCUGUGCUGGCAGAUGGAUUCAGUGACCUUCUCUUUUUCCUGCAGGCAGUUCUCUUCUUCAUCACUGCAACGUUGUAUCUUUCUGGGAAGGAGGCAUAUUUGGCCUGCCUGGUGGUGUGUCUGGCCCUCAGCUGGCUGAACGUGCUCUACUUCUCCAGGGGAUGCAAGUCCUUGGGUAUCUACAGUGUAAUGAUACAGAAGAUGAUUCUCAGUGAGAUUUUACGCUUUCUCCUUGUCUACAUGGUCUUCCUCUUUGGAUUUUCUGCAGCUGUGGUGACACUGCUAGAUGAGCCGACUAAACCUCCUCCUACCCCUUCCCCGGCUCCAAAAGAAAGAUUUGGUACCACCCAUAUUAAAAAGGCUGAUGGUACACUGGAGACCAGCUGCACGAAGCCCAGCUUCAACGGCAUUGGGUUCGCUCUUUUGGAGCUGUUCAAGUUCACAAUCGGGAUGGGAGACAUGGAGUUCCAUGAGAAAUACGAGAACAAGGUGGUGUUCUACGUGCUGCUCAUUACCUACAUCGUGCUCACCUACAUCCUCCUGCUGAACAUGCUAAUCGCACUCAUGAGCAAGAAGGCAGAGGAUAUGUCCAAGGAGAGCACCAGCAUCUGGAAACUGCAGAGAGCCAUCACUACUCUGGACGUGGAGAGGAGCUUGCCCUGCUGCCUGAAGGACAUGAUGCGCUCCGGUGUGCAGAAACAAUUGGCUGGACAAGACAAGCGCUGGUGUUUGAGAGUUGAGGAAGUCAACUGGAACAAAUGGAACACUGACCUUGGCAUCGUUGAUGAGGAUCCUGGCAGAUUCUCCUAUGCUGAAAGAGGGCGCCUCUGGCGUCCAACUCUGAGACAACUCAGGAAGUCACAACAUCGGAGCAGAGACCACGGGAUGAGCUCCAUGUCUACCAGUUUCUCACAAGACGGUACCACUGUAUACCACAUGCCACCCUGAUGGAUGACUGGACCACUGCAACAAGCAUUCAUUUCACAUUUGACAAAAAUACAUAAUAAAAUGCUUUAUUCGCAUCUGCAGUAAAACAGUAUUUUAAAGAAGGAAACCGGCCUCAAACUUUCAUGUUUCUUUAAAUAUGCAUGAAAAAAAUGUCUGCAGUCUUUGUUUAGGAAUACGGUCCAGGGUCUGUGUAUGUAUUACACUCUGGUCAUAUUUACUGAAUCUGUUAUCUAUAACAAUAAAAUUAUCCCAAAAUAUGAAGAAUUUCCUCUGUAUGCUAUUCAUGAAUGCAUACAUGAGUGUAAAGUAUGUUCUGAGAGUUUGAGAUAUUCCAUUUUUCACUGAAA